AUGGAACGCCCCCACCGUCCUCCGCCGCUCACGAUCCCCCCGCCGCCCCGACCCCGAACCCGGGUCCGACGCCCUCGCGGCCCCAACGCCCGACAGGCGCGGCAGUUCAAGCGAUGGCUCUUCCGCGCCCAGAUCGCGAAUGACGUCGCCCACGUCGUCGGCGCCUCAAUUCUGCUAUGGAUCAUGUCGUGGUUUCUGUACAACGUAUCGUUUCCUCUUACAUACCGCACCGGCCCCGCCGCCGUCGCCCUUCUCGUGGUCCUCUCCACCGACAUCCUCCUCGACGCCCGUUCCAUAGUUCACGCCCACGACGCCUGGCCCGGCUGGGCCCUCCUUCUCCGCCUCCUCGUUGGCACCUCGUUGAUCGCCGUCUUCUGGGUCUACAUAGCCACCUACGGGCGCGUGCUGGCGUACAUGUUCCUCUGGGGCAUCGGCCUCUGGGACCUGCUGUUCGUCGUGCUGUGCCGCCACUGGCUCGGCAAGGAAGUAAAACGCUACGGCGGUCGCGCGAGGCGGGUGUUCCGCGAGAGGAGGUCGCCCGGUAUCAGCGCGCACCGGUUAAACAGCGCGGUCGCGGAAGAGCAGCCCAACCGGGUUGUUGUCAUGGACAUCGAGGCCGCGAGGCCAACGAACGAGGACGAGGGGAGCGGUGGCGGCAGGGUGGGGUUGCCGUUGCGCAUGGGCGUGAGGAGGGCAAAAAACAGCAUGAGCGUCAGCGUAAACUCUAUCGCGAGCGGCGCGGGGACGGGGACCACCACAAGGGAUGCGUCGCCGCCCCCACCUGUGUUUAUGAGGCCGGCGUGA